AGGUGUGCACGACAUUAGAGUGAAAUUCCAUAGACGUAGGCGAGGAAAACAGGUGUCUACAAAAUGAUGAAAGCUGCCUAUGUUAUCAUUUAGUAUUUAUAAAACUGUGCAAGAUGCCUGUAAUUAAAGUUCCAGUUGUCCAUAAUUUGGGUAUAAUUUCCCAAACACACACAGAGGAUUUGCAAAAAAUACUUUUCAAAAAAGCGCAGGAAAUAACAAUCACAACCAAUUCAAAGGCUACCAGAAACCCAUUUGAGAUAACAGAGCAGUUUAUCAAAAAGUACAACAAUUCCCAGGGCUCUGAGAAACAUGAAAAGUAUGUUGAACUGGCACGACAACUACUUAGCCGAAGCAAGCGCAGAGCUGGACUGAAAUGCAUGGGUGAGGGCUACCACGUUGAGCUUCCUCUGGCAUGGACAGAGCUGCUGUUGCUUGGUUUGUGCCGUGGUAAAAUUCAAAAUGAUUCCCUGGAUUCCCUUCUGAUGUCAUUGGACCAUGCUCCAGUGCAUGCAGAACAGAUUCCUGCCCUCUUUUACCUGGGAGAGUCAGUCUUGUACUGGGUCUGUACUGAUAUGUCUCAGAAGCCCAAUUUGUACACCUGCGAGGUGAAGAUACUCAAGCUGGGAUAUUUGGUCUUCUUGAGACUAUUUCUCUUUCACAUCUCUGGAAACCUGAGUGGAUACCAAAGAAGCAAAUCCCAUCUUCACGUUUUUUUGAAAGCUCUGUCUCAGUGUGAGUCAUGCUACCAACCGUAUCCAAACAUCUUGCUCUCAGUGCACUUCAUGUUACGUUCAGGGGAGAUAAUUUGUGGACUGGGACCUUUUCAAGAUGAUUCAGCAUCAGCUCAGGCAGACUGUCAGGAGUACGACGUGAACCAGGUGCUCUGGCAUUGUCUUCUCAGUUGGUACUGCGUACAAAACGAUGUCUGCCAGCUCUCCCAAGUGGCACACCACCUCAUCCUGCUGAGAGACGAGCUGCAGAAAGACAACUGGGUGGACUGUGCUUUGGGAUUAAUGGUUCUGGGUGAGGCUGCAAAGUCCAGCUUGUUGUGCCUUCAGAUGUUGAUGAGUCUCCACAUCAACCCAAAGACAGAGCAGGAUGGGAUUAUAGAAGAAAACGAAGGUAUGUCUCAGAGUGGUUGCUGGCCAUGGCAGUUGGAACACAUCUAUACCACUGUGUUAGCAGACAUAUGCCAGCAUAGCAGCAAUGCAGAGAUACAGAAAACAGCUCUGCUGGGCAGUCAAACCCCUCCAGGAUAUCACAAUACUGAUGGACUGCUUAAACUUCUGAACCACUCUGGCGGCGAGGCCUGGCAGCUGCGCUACAGUGCUGUUCAGGCUUUGGUGUGCGUAUGCCGAGGGCUCAGCGGAGCUGUGUUACAGGAGGGGCUGAGGAAUGUGGCCUGGAUCACUCUGCAGGAACACCUGUGCCAAGAGACAGACCAGAGAGUCGCAGACGCCGCCAGGGUUAUAGAGGCUGAAAUGAAUGUUCCAGAGAGCAGUCUUCUCAGUGAGGGAGGGAAGCCAUCAUCAUCUCAACUGAUCACCUGGAGGUUAGCAUGUACCCUCUCUCAGCUCUACCUGCCCCCCACGCCUCUCCAGCUCAUCCCCCACACCAAGGCCAAGAAGGAACCACCACCUCCCUCCAACAGGCCUAGGCUGGAAGCCUCUCCUCCAAGGCCUAAAGAAACACUCCCUGGCCCUGCCAGUAAAACACAGCAUCCAACGAGAGAUCAAGAGGAAUGUCACAGUGCCCAGGGAAAAAGUAAGACACAUCAAACUUACAUGGACUUCAAUGCACGGACAGAUGUUGACUUGAUGAGAGUUGUGGAGGACCAGUGGCAAAAAGAACUACAGAUCAAAAUGGCAGAGGAGGAAAAUGCUGAAAAGGAUGAAUUAGAGAAAGUACAGAAGGAAAAAGAGGAACAAUUCAAAGAGAUUAUGAGGAGGCGGAUGGAAAAAGUCAAGAAGGACACCAAACCAUAUGAGCUGCCAGGAUGUAAACAAACGGGAGGUCAAAUCUGAAUGAAGCAUGACUUCACGUAAAGAGACAUAAAUGACUUGUGCCAUGCUCUUUGUUGUAAUACUGAUCCCAAAACAUUUUACCAUGGUGAUUGCAUCUAGUAUUAUUUUGGAGGGAAUAGUGUCUUGCAUACAACAAGUGCAAAUAGUUUUAUGCACUUUAUUUCAUUUAAUUGGCAAACGUAACUUGGGUUUCAUCCUUUUUUAAUCUCACAUUAUAUUUACAGAAAGAUAGAAAAUUAGACAAAAUGUGACUCUCAACAAGUAACAUUGGUAGAAAGAGAUUUGCACAUAACACCCACCCCUGAUGCUGAUUUUUUAAGAUAGACAAUACAAUUGAAAUUCUAUACCAAGUAAAGUAUAUUGUUUCUCAAAUAUGCUUUUGAUUUCAAAUCAUCCCAGACCAGCUUCUGUCUUGAAGUUGACUUUCGUCUCUCAUAAAGGAGAUACUUAAAAUAAUUGAUCAUUUAAUCAGAUGUGAUAGAACUAUUAAACUAGCUUUGACAUUCCCAUCGACAUUCAAACAUUACGGAACAAUGGUUUCCACAUUCAUUUACAUUGACACAAACAGACGUUAACUUUUGUUAGCAACCAAUGUCACAGGAAUCCUUCUUAUUCCUUACACUUAACAGUGAAGGUGCAAUUCUUUGACCACCCUAUUAGCUAGGCAUGCUGCCGUAUCACACUGAAGAUACGCUCACCUCAAAACACCCCAGGAAAUGUAAGGUAACAUUGUAAACAUUGUUACCAGAAGGUUUGCGUUUCCUUGGAACUUUACAAAGGUGGUCAAAACGUAAAAUAGAAACCCAUAGCAACAUGUUGAAGUGGAUUUGAAAAUGGCUCAGUCAGGGUACCAGUUUAAGACAUUGCAUUUGGUACCCAAGAUCACAAGAAAGAAAAGAACAAAACAAAAAUAGUAUGCGCAAACAUGACAGGGUUUGUGACCUUUGGCAUGUGUCAUAUGCUUAAGCAAGUAGUUGUACGCUUUUGGCCAUAGUAACAAAAUGUGUCACAAUAAUUUAAUGACCAACUAUUGUAGAUUUAGAAUAUUUGAAUCAUUCAGAUGGAUAUUAUUAGCAGAAAGGGGGGAUUGCUGCAUAUACUGUAUCAAUGGUGAGUUGGAUCAGUUGCGUAGUUUGAUAUCUAGGCUGUAGGCCCCAAUUCAAUCAAUCGCAGAUAAUAAUCAACCACACUGAGGGGGCGGUUUCCCGGACACAGAUUAAGCCUAGACUAAAAAGCAUUUAUGAUGCAGAAUUUCCAUUGAAAGUGCUUUCUAAUCCAGGAAUAGGCUUAUUCCAUGGAAAACCGGCCUUGAAAGUUCACUCAGAAUGUUGACACUACAGGUGUGUUUUUGCAUCAAUAUCCAAUUAUGACAAUUUCCAAGAGAGGAGCAGCUUGUGGGGUGUGUCUGUUUUCACACCAACACCUCAAUGCAGUGUGAACAUUCUAAGUCAACUCGCAGUGAAGUUUUCCUUUACCUGCAAUUGACUGAAUGGCUUUAUGAUUGAUACACCCUUGCAAAUGUCUUGAACAAAACAUCUGACUGGUGUGCUUUACCAAGAGGAGCUUCACAAAACAACAGUAGUGGCUUACGUGAGGACAUUACACACCUCUGUUAAAGCAGUAGAUCGAGUGCACUGAGGUUAUCAUAAAAAAAGGGAUCACUCAUAACAA